GAAGAAGAACAGCAAAAAUUCGUGUCCAAGCAACCCACCGACAUUAUCAUACCAUCAUAUGCCGCUUGGUUUGAUAUGACACAAAUUAAUGAGAUCGAAGAACGUUUUAUGCCAGAAUUCUUUAAUAACAAGAACAAAUCAAAGACCCCAAGUGCAUACAAAGAUUAUAGAGAUUUUAUCAUAAACACUUAUCGUAUGAACCCUCUCGAAUAUUUGAGUAUUACUGCCUGUAGACGUAAUCUUAUCGGUGAUGUAUGUUCGAUCAUCCGUGUCCAUGCAUUUCUCGAACAAUGGGGAUUGAUUAAUUACCAAGUUGAUCUUGAGGCAAAGCCAUCCAACAUCAUUCCUGCUUUUGAUUCACAGUACAAAAUUAUUUCUGAAGACCCACCAGCCGAACAUCCAAUUGUCGACGAA